AUGGAGUUUGGAGAAGAAAGAUCUGGUCAUGAUGGUGAAGGAGCCAAAGAAGAGAGGAGAAGUGAAUCUAGUGUUGGUGAUGAUGAAGAUCGUCGUAAACAAGAGAUUAUCAUCGAGGAGCCACCCAAGACUAAUAUCGAAAGAUCAACGGUGGAGGCUGGGCCAAAUGCAUCCUCAACCAAAAAGGAAGAGGUUGAUGAGCUUGAAAAUGCUAAAGCUGAAAUGGGUGAAGUGAUAGAAGAAAAUCAACGAUUAAAGAUGAGUUUGAACCGAAUGCUGAAUGAUUACCGGACACUGCAAAUGCAUUUCCACAAUGUAGUUCAACAAGAGAACACAAAUUCUCCUGAUAAAGUAAACAAUAACCAUCAAGAAAUACUAGAGGAGUCAGAUCUAGUUUCCCUCAGUCUUGGAAGACUUCCAAGUAAUCCAAGAAACAAUGAGAAAGCUAAAGUCUCUAAACCAUUGAAAGAGGAAGAAUAUAAAGAAGGUUUAACUCUUGGACUGGACUGCAAAUUUGAAACAUCAAAAUCUGGAAGCACAAAUGAACAUUUACCAAAUCAAAGCCCUGCCAAUAGUUCUGAAUUACCAAAGGAAGAAGCUGGGGAGACUUGGCCACCCAAUAAGGUACAAAAGACAAUUAGAGAUGCAGGAGAGGAUGAAGUUUCCCAACAAAAUUCUGCAAAGAAAGCUAGAGUUUGUGUGAGAGCAAGAUGUGACACCCCAACUUUGAAUGAUGGAUGUCAAUGGAGGAAAUAUGGACAGAAGAUUUCAAAGGGAAAUCCUUGCCCUCGAGCUUACUAUCGUUGCACAGUUGCACCAUCAUGCCCCGUAAGAAAACAGGUGCAAAGAUGUUCUCAGGACAUGUCAAUUUUAAUCACCACCUACGAAGGGAACCACAACCACCCUCUUUCUCUUUCAGCUACUGCCAUGGCUUCAACAACUUCUGCAGCUGCUUCAAUGCUAUUGUCUGGCUCAUCAAGCUCUCGCUCUGGCUCAAUGCCUUCAACAGCCAUGGCCACCACUACUCCUGCAGAUCUUCAUGGAAUGAACUUUUAUCUAUCAGAUGGUUCCAAAUCAAAGCAAUUAUACUUGUCCCAUCCUGCACUAUCAUCUUCAGCUUCACACCCAACCAUUACUCUUGACCUCACUUCAAAUCCAGCCAAUUCAUCAGCUCCUUUUGGUAGAUUUACAUCAAACUACAACCCCACAACAUAUCCUUCUUCCACAAGUCUGAACUUCAGUUCCUCCGAAUCAAAUGCAAAUUCUUGGAGCAAUGGCUUCCUCAGCUAUGGUGCUCAACCAUAUGAUAACAGGAACGUCCUUAACAGCAUAAACCUUGGAAGACAACCAAUGGAAAAUAUCUACCAUUCCUACAUGCAAAGGAAUAACAAUCCAAUCCCUCCUCAACAUUCCCUUCCAGACACCAUAGCUGCAGCAACAAAAGUAAUCACAGCAGACCCAACUUUUCAAUCAGCUUUGGCAGCAGCACUUACUUCAAUUAUUGGCACAGGAAGUGGCACUCAAGGAAACCAAGGUGUUGGAGAAAAUUUGAGUCAGAAAAUGAAAUGGAGUGAACUGUUUCAAUCAUCUUCUACUUUGCCUUCAACUUCUAAAGUCAAUGGCUGUGCAUCAAGCUUCAUGAACAAAGCACCCGAUAAUAGUCAAAGUGGAAGUUUGAUGUUUAUUCAGCCAUCUUUGCCAUUUUCUGGCCCCAAAAGCGCAUCUGCGUCUCCUGGUGAUAAUAGAGACAACACCAAUUAA